AACUUCUAAGUUCCGCAUUAAAAAGAAAAACAUGCAAAUGGCAAAUUUAUAUAAUCACUGAAUAAAAUAAAGCACAAGUAGUAAAAUAAUGUGCCGGCGGAGUGGUAAAGGCCGUCCAAAAUCUCACACAUUAGGCGCCAACACAAAAAACAGGUGAAGUAUGUUAAGUAUAACCAACAACAACAAGUCCUCUUCCACCACCACCACCACCACCGCACCAAUGUCCGCCGCCGAAAUCCUCUCGCACACGGCCCUCUUCCUCUCGGAAACCGUAUCCCAACCCGAGCUCCGCCGCCAGCUCCACUCCACCUUCCUGGAGAGAGUCCCCACCGCACUCGCAAAGCCACUCGGCUUCGCCUCCCAAACCGUGGAGACGGCCAUUUGCAGCAGCAGCCCCUCCGUCCGCGCGUCGUCCCUCCGCCUCGCCGAGAAGCUCCUCUCAUCCAACCCGGCCAACCCCUUCUCCUCCUUCCUGCUCUCCCUCGUCCACCACAUCUCCCACCGCGCACUCGACGCCGCGCUCAGCCUGCUCGACGUCUUCGAAGCCGAGCCGUCCCUGUCCCGCCUCGAGAUCGCGCCGUUUCUCUUUCAGGAGCUCUUUCUCGUCCAUUUCGCUCAGAUUCUCGAAUGGUACGACCGCCAGAGAUCCAACAUCCUCGAUUCCGGCAACGCCCAAUCCAUCUUGUCGGAGAUGAACGGCGGGCAGGCUUCGGCGCUCAAGGAUUUGGAGAGGGACUACGAGGUUUUGCUGGAAGACAACUGCAGGAUUUUCGCACAGUAUAUGAAGCAAGUGCUGCGAAGCCGAGAGGAAGUGAUUUUCCCACCUGCGAUACUACUGUUUCGCAGAGGUGAAAGUGAGGAUGGUGGCGAUCAACAUCAUAUCAGAAACCAAGGAUUCGAGUCGCCAAACAGACGGUAUAAUCCAAUAUGGUGUGAAUUAGAAGACAGAUCAUUCGAAUCAAAGACGACAGAUUCCAAGAGACUCUCCAAGUUCCCAUCCCUCUGCCCAGUCAGAGUAUCUGCCGAGGUCCUGAUGAAUCAAAUCCCAUCUCGCCAAAAUGAUGAUUCCCAAACCCAAGAUAAGGAAAACAUCCAGAAACCGGCAUUGUUUGACUCCACAAAGAAGCAGCAGCAGAGCAGAAAACUAAGCGAUCGACGUUGCGUGGAUGAUUCUUCAAUGGAAGAAGCAAGCAGUUGCAAUGCCCCAAAAGACUUCGUGUGCCCCAUCACGACGCGCAUAUUCGAGGAUCCCGUGACGCUGGAGACAGGGCAGACCUACGAGAGAGAGGCCAUUCAAGAAUGGGUCGAAAGAGGAAACUCGACAUGCCCCAUCACGCGCCACAAGCUGCACAGCUCCGACCUGCCCAAGACCAACUACGUGCUCAAGCGCCUCAUCGCCAGCUGGCGGGAGCGCAACCCCUUCCCUUCCGUCUCGCCCAAGAGCGUCAUCACCACCGCCGACGGCGCCAUCGCGGCCGACCUCAGGCUCGCCAUCGCGGACGUCUGCACCUCCGAGGUGCUGCGUGAGGCCGAGGCCGCGGUGCUCAGGAUCGGGCGCUGCUGGAGGGAGGGGGCCCUCGAGCAGCACCAGAUGCUGGCCAUGCUCGCCAAGCCGCCCGUCAUCAACGGCUUCGUGGAGAUGCUGCUCAACUCUGUGGACGAGCAGGUGCUGAGAGCCACCGUGUUCCUUCUGAGUGAGCUCGGGUGGCGAGACGACAAUGUGGUGCAGACGCUGACGAGAGUGGACUCGGACGUGGAGAGCAUUAUCCAGUUGUUGAAGAAGGGCGUGGUUGAGGCUGUUGUGCUGGUGUACCUGUUGAGGCCGUCGGCGACGAGCCUCGUGGAGAUGGAGCUGCCGGGAUAUCUGCUGGAUACGCUCAACAGUGAUGAGGAGGUUGAAUAUAAAAUGUUUAUGGAACCCAAAGCAGCUGCAGUGCUUCUGCUGGCGCGCAUUCUUGGUCAAUUGCAAGGCAGUGGUGCACAGAUAGUUAGGAGCAUUGUUUCCACCGGAGCAAUAGACAAAAUCGUGGAAGCUUUACAGACUGAGCAAAGGGUUGGUGCUGUUAGUAUUUUGCUGAGAUGCAUUUUGGAGGAUGGCAAGUGCAGGAACAUAGUAGCUCGCAAAGCGGAGUUAGCUUCUCUCUUGGAAAUUCUCUUUCAGCUCAGUGAUGGAGAACGCCUGCAGGUCAUCCAUUUCUUUUCCGAGCUAGUUAAGUUGAACAGGAGGAAUUUGAAUGAGAAAAUCUUGCGCACCUUAAAAGAUGAGGGUACGUUCAGCACAAUGCACACCCUUCUUAUAUACCUACAAAAUGCCCUCCCGGAUCAGUCUCCGAUUGUGGCCGGACUUCUUCUGCAACUCGAUCUUCUGGAGGAGCCAAGAAAGAUGAGCAUAUACCGAGAAGAGGCUAUAGAUGCUCUUCUUUCUUGUCUGAGAAACUCAGAAUCCCCAGCUGCACAAAUCUCUGCUGCAGAGACAAUAUUGUCCCUGCAAGGAAGGUUCUCUUAUUCAGGAAAGUCUCUUUCCAGAGCCAUUCUCCUCAAACGCGCAGGCCUCGAGAGGAGCUAUGUAGCAUUCAUGCGAAGGGAUCAACGUCGCCACAACAUAUCUUCUAAUGCCCAAGACACCAUGGAAGAUGAGAAAGCUGCUGAAGAGUGGGAAAGAAAAGUGGCUUUUUACCUUGUGAGCCAUGAGUUCGGCCUAGUGUUUGAGGGUCUCGCACAAGGCCUGAGAAGCAACAACGAGGAGUUGAACUCGGUGUGCUUCAUGGCUGCGACAUGGCUGAUAUACAUGCUCUCGAUUCUCCCGGAUACAGGGAUAAGAGGAGCAGCACGCGUGUGUCUGCUCGACCACUUCGUCUCCAUCUUCAAAUCGGACAAGAAUAUCGAAGAAAGGGCACUCUCCAUGCUUGGCCUCAACAGUUUCAUCAAUCACACCGAAGGGUUGCAAGAUCUAGCAGGUCAUACCAAAGACAUUCUGAAAGGACUGAGGGAGCUCAAGAAAUCCUCUGCCAUGGCGUUUGAGAUGCUCAAAGUCUUCUCACAAGAGCACGACAACAGCGCCGAUAUUUGGAGUCAUCAAGAAUUGAGUCAAGAAGAUUGCUCUAAUAACGGAGAAGUUCUUGCAGUAACAUGCUUCAAAGGAAAACUUUUCUCCGGCCACUCAGAUGGAACUAUAAAGGUUUGGAGUGCUAGAGGUUCGGAGCUAUGUCUCGUGCAAGAAAUCCGCGAGCACACGAAGCCGGUUACUAGCUUGACAGUGCUGCAAUCAACAGAGAAACUCUACAGCGGUUCAGUUGACAGGACUGUGAGGAUUUGGUCCAUAUUGGAGGAAGGAAUUUACUGUGAACAAGUCGAGGAGGUUAAGGAUCAAAUAAACAACCUCGUAGUUGCUACUAACAUUGCAUGCUUCAUUCCUCAAGGAGCCGGCGUCAAGCUACACUCGUGGAAUGGAACCUCCAAACUACUAAAUCAACACAAGCACGCGAAAUGUUUGGCUCUGGUACAAGGAAAACUCUACUGUGGAUGUCACGAUAGCAGCAUUCAGGAAAUCGACUUAGUCACAGGAACGCUAGGAAACAUACAGACCGGCACCAAGAAACUCAUAGGGAAAGCAAACCCUGUUUACGCUCUCCAAGUUCACGAUGGACUGCUAUAUGCAGCAGGCCCUUCGCUCGAUGGAGCAAAUGUGAAGAUAUGGAGCACAUCAAACUAUAGCUUGGUCGGAUCAUUGCCAUCGACGUUGGAUGUACGGACCAUGGCCGUAAGCUCGGAGCUGGUGUAUCUCGGAUCCAAAGUUGGAAGCGUCGAGGUUUGGUGCAGAAAAAAGCUUAACAGAGUAGAAACGCUUCAAACAAAUCUCACCAGCAAAAUCAUUUGCAUGGCCCUUGAUACCAAUCAGGAUAUGUUAGUCAUUGGAACCUCUGAUGGCAGAAUUCAGACAUGGGGGCUGAGCUAGAGCAAGGCUAUAAAAUGCCAGAAGACUUAGAGAUAAGAUAUUUGUUAUAUUUUUUGGCCUCAAAUAAAAAUUUGUUUUCGGCUUCAAGAAGACAUACAUACAUACAUCUAUCUAUAUAUAUAUGUGAAGAAUUUAUUGUAUCA